AUGGCAGCUGCAGCUCCGGAGUAUGAUCACGCGGCAGAGGAGGAGAAGCCUGUAUUUAUUCGGGCUUCGAAGAAAGAUGGCGUAGGGUGUGAUUGGUACAAGUUGGAUCUGAAGAAGAGUUCGUCGAUCUAUGUGCUUGGAGGCGUUGUCAAGCAAGGUAUAUUUCGUGAUAAAAUUUGUGAUGAUGUCUACAUUUUGGAUACUCGGCAUCCUCAAGAUGGUUGGAAGAAGGCCGCUUCUAUGUUGUGUGGCGAUUAUUCUCCUCCUGUUGUCGCUCUUGGUGGCAAGCUCUACCAUCUUUCAAACAUUCCUGAGGUUUUUGAUCCAAUGAGUGGUAACAAUGGGUGCUGGUUUCCCAUCGAGGCUGAAGUACCUUAUAACGGUCCUGGUGCUACCGCACUCAUCUCCGAUUCUUCUAAUGGCCGAUUUCUAGCGUACUUUAUGGGUACCGAGGUAUACUCUUACUCUUUAGAGAGUCAAAAGUGGGAUUGCCUCAGCACUGAUGAAAAAUUCUCUCAUUUUGAUUUCCAGUGGCACGCAUCUGUUGUUGUGGAUGACGUUCUUUAUUUUUACGAUUAUCGAUCUAUACUAUCUGAAGCUAUAGUUGCAUAUGAUUUGGUUAAUAAGAUAUGGUUGGAUACUGCCUCGUGCAAGCCCUUUCCAUUAUACUUGCAUACUGAAAGCUGGAACAUUCUGCUUCAUCUGGGCAAUGGCAUCUUGUGCUUGCUCGAGUGCAACCCACCGGUGGAUGGAGACACCAUUGUCGAUUGCAUCAAGUUCAGAGUCAAAAAGACAGUUUCUGGGCCUGUGGUAUUCAUGACUGCACUUUCUGAGUACGCUCUUCCCCUUAAAAAUGCUACAUUUGUUCUCAAUUUCUUCACUUUGGAAUGA